CCUACAGCAGCAGCGUGAUAUAACCAGUAACCAACAUGGCGGCCGUGGGAACGUUAUCUAGAGUUGCCAGACUGAGUUCAUGCAUCGGCAGAAGUCGCCGUUUAAUAUUUAACAGCACACAGAGCCGAGGAAUAGCUUCGUGCAUUGACCCUUCUCAUGGCCUCAGCGAUGAACAAAAGGAGUUUCAGAAGAUGGCCUUUGACUUCGCAGCCAAUGAAAUGUCUCCACACAUGGCUGAGUGGGAUGAAAAGGAAAUCUUCCCGGUGGAGACCAUGCGUAAGGCUGCCCAGCUGGGGUUUGGGGGGAUCUAUGUACAGCCAGAGGUGGGGGGGUCUGGCCUGUCUCGCCUGGACACCUCUGUCAUCUUUGAGGCCUUAUCAACAGGCUGCGUCAGCACCACAGCCUACAUCAGCAUUCACAACAUGUGUAACUGGAUGAUUGACACCUUCGGCAACACUGAGCAGAGGGAGAAGUACUGCCCUGAGCUUUGUACGAUGGACAAGUUUGCCUCUUAUUGUCUCACUGAACCAGGCAGUGGGAGUGAUGCUGCUUCGUUACUCACUACUGCAAAGUUGGAAGGAGACCAUUAUAUCCUCAAUGGUUCCAAGGCCUUCAUCAGUGGAGGAGGAGACACAGACGUGUACAUAGUAAUGUGUCGGACGGGAGGGAAAGGUCCCAAGGGGAUCUCCUGUGUGGUGGUGGAGAAAGACACUCUAGGACUCAGCUUUGGCAAGAAGGAGAAGAAGGUGGGAUGGAACUCUCAGCCAACCAGAGCAGUGAUCUUAGAGGACUGCCACGUCCCAGUGACCAAUCGGCUGGGUCAUGAGGGAGAGGGCUUCAACAUCGCUAUGAGAGGCCUGAACGGAGGCAGGAUCAAUAUUGCCUCUUGUUCUCUUGGGGCGGCCCAUGCAUGUGUACAGCUGACGAGAAAUCACCUGUUAGUACGCAAGCAGUUUGGAGAGACCCUCUCCAACAACCAGUUCCUGCAGUUUAAGUUGGCAGAGAUGGCCACCAAGCUAGUGGCGUCGCGUCUGUUGGUGCGCGAGGCUGCCCUGGCACUGCAGGAGGGCAGGUCUGACGCUGUUUCCCUCUGCUCCAUGGCCAAACUCUUUGUCACUGACGAGUGCUUCAAUAUCUGUAACCAGGCACUCCAGAUGCAUGGUGGAUACGGUUACCUCAAAGACUACGCUGUUCAGCAGUUUGUCCGGGACAUCAGAGUACACCAGAUACUGGAGGGAACAAAUGAAGUGAUGCGGAUGAUAAUUGCCAGAAGUUUACUGUCAGAGUCUGGAUAAAUGUAAUGCCAUGGGCUGUCCAAAAUUUGACUUUCUCCUGUCUUGAAGGGAUGGUGGUGGCAGCCAUCUUGUGGUGUUUGACUGUGACUGGAUCCCUCAAGUAUCUUGAACUCCCCUUUUUUUUAAAGGGGGAAAAUACUAUAGCAGUUUGGUUUUUGAGAUUACUGUAGGCUAAAGCCGUCAUUAGGUCCUCCUUUCCUGUUUGCGUGGAAUUAAAUCAUGUUAUGUAAACAUUAAUUUAGGUGUUUUAAAUAAGUUGCUCAUUGAGAGAUACAGUAUGGAAGCGGAACCAUGUUAAAUGUAAUAUUUCUCCAUGCUGUAUUUUGUGGUUAAUAAGUAUUAGUAUUGGGGUGAAGGUUUUUGGUUGUCUUGCAAUAAAAAAACAAUGCAUCUAUA